AUGGCUUUCAGACCCGUUGAAGAACCCAAGACAGACCUUGGCAAAUACCGGAUCCUCUCUAGCAAUGCUGGUGUACGUGUCUCUCCCCUGGCUCUGGGAGCAAUGUCCCUAGGCACAGAAUGGGCCAAUCUCCUAGGUGGAGUGACCAAGGAGGACUCGUUCAAGCUGUUGGACUACUUCGUGGAGUCGGGCGGCAACUUCAUCGACACGGCCAAUAACUACCAGAAUGAAGAGUCCGAGACGAUUCUUGGAGAAUGGGCAGCUGCUCGAGGCAACCGUGAUUUGCUUUUCAUCGCGACAAAGUUCACCAACGGCUUCCGUACUCACGACCUCGGUACUGGGAAGACUGUCAACUAUAGCGGCAACCACAAGAAGUCGCUAAUGUUAUCGGUCGCCGCUUCGCUAAAGAAACUGCAAACGACAUAUAUCGAUCUCCUCUAUGUCCACUGGUGGGAUUGGACUACCUCUGUCGAAGAGUUGAUGGACUCGCUGCACAUAUUGGUCGAACAAGGAAAGGUUCUGUAUCUUGGCAUCUCGGAUACACCUGCCUGGGUUGUGGCUGCCGCAAACACUUAUGCCAGAGCACACGGCAAGACACCGUUCUCCGUCUACCAGGGCCGAUGGAAUGUGAUCGACCGUGACUUUGAGAGGGAUAUCAUUCCCAUGGCGCGCCAUUUCGGCAUGGCAUUGUGCCCCUGGAAUGUGCUAGGAGGUGGAGAGAUCAAGACCAAGGCACAGCUCGAGGGGGACAGCGCUCGGUACGAGGAGCAAAGCGAGUAUGCUCAAAAGGUCAGCGAGGCUCUGGAAAAGGUGGCCGCCGAGCACGGAACCGACAGCAUCCAGCAGAUUGCCCUGGCGUACGUCAUGAGAAAGGCUCGCAAUGUAUUUCCCCUAGUCGGGUGUCGCAAGCAAUCGCAUCUGGAAGAUAACAUCAAGGCACUGAGCAUCCGCUUGACAGAUGACCAGAUGCAGUAUCUCGAGAGCGUCAAGCCCUUUGACCUUGGCUUCCCGCUCAACUUUAUUGGUGACGAUCCCAGAGAGGGUAAUAGACGUUCAGACCUGGUGCAGUCCCUCAUUGGGGCCAAGAUCGACCAUCCAAGCCCGCAGAAGCCAGUCGGUUACUAG